AUGCCUGCAGCUAGAGUCAUAGCAGAUGAGAUAAGCUUCAAUGCUGGCAUCAGCGCAUGCGAAAAGGGUGGCGAGUGGCAGAUGGCUUUGUGUUUGCUAUCACAGAUGCCUGCAGCUAGGGUCAUAGCAGAUGAGAUAAGCUUCAGUGCAGGCAUCAGCGCAUGUGAGAAAGGUGGCGAGUGGCAGAUGGCUCUGUUUUGGCUAUCACAGAUGCCUGCAGCCAGAGUCAUAGCAAAUGAGAUAAGCUUCAGUGCAGGAAUCACGGCAUGCGGCGGUGCACGUCAGUGGCGCAGUGCUCUGGCACUCUUCUCAGGCAUCGUGUCAAAUGGCCAAACACCAAGCCAGGAAUCUUAUGCGCAGGUUUUGGAUGCGGUUUUCACAGAGAGACUGAGCUUUGGUCUUUUCCGGGAAGCUCGCGAGGACCAAGCUUGGCCGAACGCUGGAUCUUCACUCUCAUUCCAGUGGCUCAGCUGUGCUAGCUGUGCUGUGGUGGCUGGCUGA